CCCGCGGCCCACCGUCGGCCUCCGGUGCGCCCCUGGUUGCAGGCACCCGGCGGGGCACUGCCCGCCGCGAGUGGCGUCGGGGGUAGGCAGGGGCGCCCGGGCCGGCCGCUCCGUACGGAGACAUGCCGCGCCGACCCAGUCCGUACGGCAAGAUGGCCGCGCUGGCGGGUCCAGAAUCGGGGCGGCCUGACGCGCUCACUCCAAGGCUUCGCUGCCCUCCUUCGCCUGCUUCCGCCGCUCUGGCGGGUCGCUGCUGGGGUUUUCGUAACGCGUGCCGGAGGCCGCUGGAGUGCGGACAGCGCAAGUCCAAUCCUUCCUUCGUCAGGCGCCGCCGUACGUCAAAAUGGCGACCGACGCACUUUCCCCUCACUUCCGGCUCCGCCCGCGCCCCUGAUUGGCCCUGGCGGCGGCCCGUCGCGUCGCGCUGCGGUCCCGUCGGAGCGACAAGACUCUCAGUGGGCGGCAGGAGAGGGAAGAUGGACGCAGCUACUCUGACCUAUGACACACUCCGAUUUGCCGAGUUUGAAGAUUUCCCGGAGACCUCGGAGCCUGUCUGGAUACUGGGCAGGAAAUACAGUGUUUUCACAGAAAAGGAUGAGAUCUUAUCCGAUGUGGCGUCUAGACUGUGGUUUACGUACAGGAAGAACUUCCCAGCCAUCGGGGGCACCGGCCCCACCUCAGACACGGGCUGGGGCUGCAUGCUUCGCUGCGGACAGAUGAUCUUCGCCCAGGCCCUGCUGUGCCGGCACCUGGGCCGAGACUGGAGGUGGACGCAGCGGAAGAGGCAGCCGGACAGCUAUUUCCAUGUUCUGAACGCGUUCAUCGACAGGAAGGACAGUUACUACUCCAUCCACCAGAUAGCGCAAAUGGGAGUUGGUGAGGGCAAGUCCAUUGGCCAGUGGUACGGGCCCAACACGGUCGCCCAGGUUCUCAAGAAACUCGCUGUCUUUGACACAUGGAGUGCCCUGGCCGUCCAUGUGGCCAUGGACAACACGGUGGUGAUGGAAGACAUCAGGAGGUUGUGCAGGAGCAGCCUUCCCUGUGCAGGGGCCACUGCAUUUCCGGCAGAUUCCGAAGGGCACUGUAAUGGCUUCCCUUCGCGAGCCGAGGUCAACAACAGGCUGUCACCGUGGAGACCCCUGGUGCUUCUCAUCCCCCUGCGCCUGGGGCUCACGGACAUCAACGAGGCCUAUGUGGAGACACUGAAGGGCUGCUUUAUGAUGCCUCAGUCCCUGGGAGUGAUCGGGGGGAAGCCCAACAGCGCCCACUACUUCAUCGGCUACGUGGGUGAGGAGCUCAUUUACCUGGACCCCCACACGACACAGCCAGUGGUGGAGUUCGCCGACAGCUGCUCCAUCCCGGAUGAGAGCUUCCACUGCCAGCACCCCCCGAGCAGGAUGAACAUCGGGGAGCUUGACCCGUCCAUCGCGGUGGGCUUUUUCUGUGAGACCGAGGACGACUUUGGUGACUGGUGUCAGCAAGUCAGAAAGCUGUCGCUGCUUGGAGGUGCCCUGCCCAUGUUUGAGCUGGUGGAGCAGCAGCCUUCCCACCUGGCCUGCCCCGACGUCCUGAACCUGUCCGUAGAUUCUUCUGACGUGGAGCGACUUGAGAGAUUCUUCGACUCAGAAGACGAGGACUUUGAAAUCCUGUCCCUUUGAAAAUCCUAGAGUUGGGGGAUGUCUCGACUGGUCCUUGCUGGAGGCACCUUCAAGAGCUCAGCCCAGCCUCUGGGUGCCCAGUGCCACCGCCUUUUAUCCAUCCUACCCGCCGCCUGUGCCCGCUGCCUCUGCCCUCGACGGGACUGCACUGUGCUCAAGACCUCACUGCAGGAGGGACUGCCCGGCCCAGGUGCUGCGGGCCUGGGAGAACAGAAGCCACUGGGAGCAGUGAGCAGCUGGUCGCUGAGCAUCUGCGUCACCUCCACCCUGCUUCCUGCAGCCUCUCAGUUCUGGGUUAGCUUUGGAAUUAAAGUCCUGUUUGCAGUUACUCGACAGACAUGCAUUUCUGUAGGGCCUGUCCUGGAUCCAAGAAGACUGGUGGCCAAGUGAGGCACGGCCCUGGGACUGGGCCUGCGAGCAGCCCAGCAGCCCCUCUGCCAGCAGCCCCACCCACGGCUCCUCCAGGGCUGCCCAGGGGGAGAUGGGUGACUUGGCCCCUCAAGGCUUUGGGGAGAGAAUUAGCAGAGGGGUGGGGCCUGGUGCCAAGCAGAGGCACCCCCGCCCACCCACGUGUGACUCAACCCGGCCGUAGGUAAAGCCCAAGUGGGUUCACCUUCCUCACCGUCUCCUCGUUCCGGCAUUUUGAGACACCCACGCACCAUCGCUUGCUUGUCACGCCAGCUUCCCCUGGGUGGGCAGUGUUGGCGGCUGGGUGGGGACCUGCCCUGGCCUGUGACCCUCAGGCUCACAAUGGACUUCGAGGGUUGCAGAACUGCCCUCCUGGUCACUGAGGCUUCAGAGGGCUUGGGGCUAGGGAGCGAACCCUGGUCGUGGUGCAGAGCAGGCACCCCAUCUCUCACCACGCCACCUGGAGACAUUUCCAGACUCUGCUCAGCACUGACAGACAGCAGCGCCUUCCGCCCUGAACCCAGCUGCCGGGCCCAGAGCGCAUGGCUCCCACGCAGGCUUCGUGUCCUGGAGAGUGGUCUCUGUGGGACCCGGGGCCUCGGAGGUGGACAGCCUUCUUCUUGGGGACCAUCCUUGCGGAGCCCCCUUCCACCCUUGGUGUCAGCACUUGUGGAGACAGUGGGCAGGUCCCACCUGGUAGCAGAGGACACCCCAGCCCCCGGGUGCUGUUGCCGUAAGUUAUUUUGCCCUCCCUUUCCCUCCCUCCUCCCCUGGGGCUGGAGGAAGGCUAGGUGGUCUCCAUUCCUCCAGCUGCAUCUUGCAAGGGCGCCCCCCGGGCUGCUGGGCCAGGAGCUCUCGCUGCAGCCCCGCUGGGGUGCGAAUGCCGGGAAGGCGGCAGCCUGACCAGAGGGGAGCUGAGUGGUUUGAGAAGGCUCACCGAAGACAGUGGUGUCCAUUCUUAGUCUGGUUUGAGGUUAAGGCGAAUAAUAAGUUUCAAUAGAAAACA